AACACUUUCGAUUUUUAGGGUAACACCAACCAAUUCAGGAACUCUUCUUUUUCGCUUUCUCCCCUUGUGGUUGCUGCUGCAGUAAUAAGAACGGAACAAUGAAUACUCAUCACGAAAAACCGCAUUCGUUCUUCGAUUCUCGACGGCAAGUCACCGUCAGAGAAAGUUCUGCAGAGCGAUUACAAAAGGCUGCCAGAGAUGGCAAUGUACCUGCUGUCAAACGAUUGCUAAAAAAGGUCUCCAACAUACAAAACCCGGACCCAGAGACUGGAUACACAACGCUUAUGUAUGCAACAAGACAUGGCCAUGUAGAACUUGUGGAUCUUUUGCUGGAAAUGGGCCAUGAAGAAGAAGUUAUAUCCAUGGAUAACGAAGGCAUGACAGUAUUGAUGAUCGCCGCAAUAUACAACCAUCAAGAGAUAUUUUAUAGCUACGUUACACGAUAUCCAGAGUGUAUUCAUGCUAUAAACAAGAACGGCUGGACCGCCCUGUUAUAUGCCGCUCGGGCAGGCAAUGCUGCCCUAGUCAGUUAUUUAUUGUCAAUAUCGGCUGACAUCGAUCAUGUUGAUAAUGAUGGAAAUUCGGCACUACACCAUGCAUCGGCCUGGGGCCAUUGCACAGUCAUGGAACUUCUGGUGUCUCAAGGAUGUAAUGUGGAUUUGGAAAACAACAAUCAUUUUACUGCUGCCGAUUAUGCAUAUUCGUUUGCAGUUCAGGAUCAUCUCAAAGACAUUGCCAAUAUCUUAUUUACCGACGAGUCGUCACUAUCCCUUGCAUCCUCUUAUAAAUCAUCCAUCGUGACAAACAAUGUCAGUAGCCGACCGUAUCCUCCACCGGCAUCUUCUCUCUUGUCCCAUUCUGCAUUCAGUAGUUCCGUUGCCAUAUCUCGUGGCCCUUCGUUCCCCGGCUACGACUCUCCUACUCCCCGUGCAUCCACAUCAUCUUCAUCGGUCGCUGCAGCGAACGGCAUUCCCAUUAACAUCCCAUCAAGUCCUCGUGGCUCUCAUUUUUACCCUCCCACAGGCAGUCCAUCUUCACAUUUCAAUUGAGCUGAAAUAAAGUAUAUCACGGCACCAGUAAGGCACCGCUGGUCAGUGCUUCUUAA